UUCUAACAUGGAUCUGGAGGCUGUCACGGCUGCUAUACUAUCUGAUUGGGAGAUCCUUGAGAGUGCCUCUGGAGAAAAUCCGGAGUCCGUCUGUCCGGAGUCCCCCCUGGACUCUUCGCUGUGCUCCUCACCGGAGAUUUGCUUCCCCCUCUCCAAACAGGGGAUUAAGGAUUUAUCCUUUGGCUGCGCCGGACGCAAAGAGACUCCUCCGGGGCAAAGGCAGAGCAAAACGAAGAUGUCCGUGAAAAGGCGCAUGAAGGCCAGCGAGAGGGAGAAGAUGCGGAUGAGGAGCUUGGCAGAGGCUCUGCACCAGCUCCGCGACUACCUUCCACCGGAUUACAGCAAGAGAGGCCAGCCCUUGACCAAGAUCCAGACGCUUAAAUACACCAUCGAGUACAUCAAUAAGCUCUCUGACAUCCUGAGCCGUGCGUAACGGAGGCACCGUGGAGCGCUUUUACGCGACAUACCAUCUCUCAUCUGGACCCCUUUUUGAACUUAGAUAUUUCAUUUUUCAUCAUAAUAACUUUGAAGUCUCUCUUACUUGAUAGUCUUUUGGGUUUUUUCUUUAAUGUAAAUAUGGUUUGGGCACUUGGAAAGUAUUUGUAUAUGAGGCUGCCCCUUUUGUGAAUUCAGUUUUUUAGUUGUUACUAGAAUAGAAUGAACUUGGCCAAACUAUUGGCUAUUAUUGUUUUUUGCUGAACAGACAUAAGAAAGAACAUAUUUUUCCGAUGAUUUAAAACCCUUAAUUGUGUUUUAAUUGUGUUUUCUGUUUGCAAAACCAUUAGUUUGUGUUUGUGUGAAUAACAAGGCUGCAUGUGAGUCACACAACAGCUUUUAACAACACUUGCUGUUGUGUUCACCCUUUCUUCCUUUUGUUUGA